AUGUCUUCUACCCUCUUCACGAGGAUUCGCCCACGAAGAGCCCUUGCGGCGCUGGCAGCCGGUGGCAUCGCCCUGAGCAUCUUCACACGUCUUACAAUGACAGACGCGCACGCCGCGUCGCGUCCCACGCCGCCCAGAGUAUUUGGUGGCGGGCCUUCGUUCAUCGCGCUACCGCUGGAGAGCGCGCAGCAGGUCAACCAUGACACCAAAAGACUGCGAUUCAAGCUGCCCACGCCAGACUCUGUCAGCGGCCUGCCUCUCACUUAUGAGCCCGGCCACAUUGACUUCCUUGUGAAGAAAUACCCCGACGGCAAACAAUCCACACACCUCCACGCACUUCAGCCAGGCGACACCCUCCGCUUCGCCGUGCCCCUCAAGGGACCCAAAUGGAAACCGUCGCCGUCGUCUUCCCCAGAGCACAUCACCCUCGUGGCCGGGGGCGCGGGUGUCACGCCCGUAUACCAGCUGCUGCAGGGCAUCCUCGGUGACAAGGACGACACGACGACGACAAUGACACUCGUGUACGGCGUCAACACGGAGAGGGACAUCCUGCUGCAGCAGGAGUUUCGCGCGCUGGAGAAACGGCACCCAGGUCGGUUCAGCGCCGUGUACACCAUGACAGUGCCACAGGAGGAUGGGCAGCAGGAGAGUAGAAAGGGCCGCGUGACCAAGGAGCUGCUAGAUGAGCUCGUGCCCCCGAGCCAGCGAGGGCGUGCCUACGUGUGCGGCCCGCCGUCGAUGGAGGCGUCGCUAACCGGGGGCCGAGGCACACGCGAUGGUGGCAUCCUGCAACAGCUGGGCUACAGGAAGGAGAAUAUCUUCAGUUUUUGA